GUCUAGAAAAUCACAGUCAGAUUCGAGCGGAUGAUGUACAAGGACUUGAUUCUUUUGGUAUCUUGCUCACCAAGUGCAGGAACGCUCUGAGUAGUUGCGGCACACACGAGACUCUUCGCGACCCCAGGACACUGAGAACAAUCGUGGGGAAGCUCCCUGGGCUACUGAUCAACAAAUGGAGACACAAAGUUGAUGACAUCGAAGAGAUUGGAGGUCGAGAAGCGAACUUUGACGAUUUGGUCGCGUUUGUAACAAAGGAAGCGAGAGUUGCGUCUAACCCCACAUACGGUAGGGACAUGUUUGGCGGGAACCCCAUGAGUAGGACACCGGUGACACGAACGAGUCCACGGAUGAGCUCUGGUCGAGCAGUGGUAACGGCGACUCAUGUCACGCCGCGUCCCGAGGAGAGCCACUGCGUAUUUUGUAACCGACGAGGUCAUGAUGUGUGUGAGUGUGAGAGUCUCUCCGCAGUCACGAGUCAACAGAAGCAAAACUUCGUCCGGGAGAAGGCUCUGUGCUGGAGCUGUCUGAAGCAAGGACAUCGAAGUCGCGACUGCAGGCGAAGAGCGUCGUGCAGGACAUGUGGAAGGCGACAUCCAACCUCACUACACUGGGAACGAUCUGAACAGUACGUGCGGCAAUAUCAGCAACAGAGUGGACAGCACCCGGAUCGAGACGACACUCAGCAUCAAAGGGAGGAACAACAGCCACGAGAAGGACAACAGGGCCGUCAGCAUGACCAAUCACAUGUUGUCCAACAUCAGCAUGGACGUGGACAUGAGCUGAAUCACACCCAGCAGCAGCAACGAGAGGGGCCUACCGACGCCGCCAGAGUAACAACAUGUCAAACAGCGGGUGAGUCUGAGGCUAGCAAGCCAGUUCUCCCUGUUGUGCCUGUUGUUGUUCGUGUUGGUACGAGUACGUGUCAAACAUACGCUUUUCUCGAUAGCGGCUCGACACAUUCCUUCAUCUCCUCAGCGUUGAUCAAAGAGCUCAACAUUGACAACAUGCCACGCAAACAGCUUUCACUGACGACAGUCGACAGAAGCACGAAGGUGGAAACACAUGUAGUAGAGGGAGUAACGGUUUCGGACCUACGUGGGCGGCACGCGCUCCGGCUGCCUCCGCUGUUCGAAUUGGAGCGUAUCCCGGUGGACCCAGAGGAGUUCCCCAGCCACCAGCUCGAUGUCAGUAGGUGGGAACAUCUCACAGGAGUAGAAUUCGAGCAGGCAGACGCCACAUGCGUUGGACUUCUCCUCGGCGCCAACGCGUUUCUCAGCAUGGAGCCGCUGCAAGUGAUACCCAGUCGCAACGGAAGCCCGUAUGCUGUGCGCACGAGGUUCGGCUGGAUCCUGAGUGGGGUGACGUCUUCCUCAGCCACAGACAGCGGAACAAAGGUCUACAGAACGUCGGUGAAUGACAUCGAAGAUAUGAUACAAGGAAUGUAUGAUCGGGAAUACGAAGAGAACCUCAACUCAAUGAAGAGAGGCCUGUCUGAGGAGGACAAGAAGUGGCUCACGGUGAUGGAGGCGUCCAAGAAAGUUGACAGAGGACACUACCAGUUCAGCAUUCCGUUGAAGGAUGAAGACGUCGUACUGCCGAACAACCGCGUCCUGGCAGAGAGAAGACUGACGAGUCUAGGUCGCCGAAUGAAGAACGAUGUUGAGUUCGCUGAGCAGUACCGAGAUUCUGUGGAAGAAAUGAUCGACAAGGGAUACGCUGAGCCCGUACCAGUAGCAGACAUUCAUCGUGACGACGGCAGAGUGAACUACUUGGCGCACCAUGGAGUGCGCCACGCGUCAAAGAACCGCAUCCGCGUCGUCUAUGACUGUGCUAUGAAGUACGGCGGUGUCAGUCUGAAUGACUGCUUACUGCAAGGCCCCGACAUGACGAACUCGCUACUCGAUGUCCUGAUGCGCUUCAGGAUGGAACGAGUCGCCUUCAUGGCUGACGUGGAAAGUAUGUUCAACCAGGUUCGGGUGCCAGAGUCUGAGCGCGAUCUCCUCAGAUUUCUGUGGUGGAGAGACGGGCGCCCCGACUCUGGUGUGGUAGAGUAUCGGAUGACUGUCCAUAUCUUCGGAGCGAAGUCUUCGCCAAGUGUGGCGUGCUACGCCUUGAGAGAGACGGCGACGGACUUCGCAGAAGAGGUAUCACCUGAAGCAGUGAAGACUGUAAACAGCAACUUCUACGUCGAUGAUGUGUUGAAGAGCACUGACGACGCUGACAUGGCCAUCUCGUUGGCUCACGACCUGAAGACGCUGCUGGAGAAAGGUGGGUUCAGUCUCAAGAAGUUCACCAGCAACAGCUCGGCGUUUAUGUCCUCGAUCCAGACAGGCGACAGGUCAAAGGUGAUGCAGACAUGUACAGGAGUCGGUGAAAGUCUACCAGAAGAGCGCGCCCUGGGCGUAGUCUGGGAUACAGAGAACGAUCUGCUGAGGGUAUCUGUCAACGCGACCAGUCUGCGGGCGAAGCCGUUGACCCGCAGAGGCAUCCUUUCAGCAGUGAGUUCUAUUUACGACCCGCUCGGUCUCGUUUCGCCAACGAUAAUCUGUGGCAGGAAGAUCCUACAAGAUCUCUGCAGGACGAGAGAAAUCUGGGACAAGGAGAUUCCAGCUCAACAGCGCAGCGACUGGAUGAAAUGGCUAUCUCAUCUGGAUGCUACUCAAGAUCUGUGUGUCCCACGGCAUCUGAAGCCAGCUGAAUUCGGUGGAAUGGCGACGCUCCAGAUGCAUCAUUUCAGCGACGCUAGUGAGUGGGCGUAUGGUACAGUCACCUAUGCUCGCUUCACUGACCAGCAGGGAGAUGUCCAUGUCGCUUUCGUGAAAGGUACAUCACAUCUGGCUCCACUGAAGAAAAUAACGAUUCCUCGUCUGGAGUUGAUGGCUGGAGUGACGGCGGUACGUGUUCGGUUGCUGAUAGAGGACGCGAUGGAGCUCGGUUCGGAGACAGAACAUUUCUUCUGGACGGAUAGUACUACCGUUCUCGCAUACGUGCAGAACACUGCGACUAGAUUCCACACGUUUGUCAGCAACAGGUUGGCGAUCAUUCACGAUGGAUCAAAGACUGAGAACUGGAGGUUCGUGAGAGGUGAAGAAAACCCGGCCGAUGACAGUUCACGAGGUGUUCAGAGUGAGAGGUGGCUUUCUGGACCGGCCUUUCUUCGGCUUCCAGAGGAGCAGUGGCCCAUGAUGCCUCCAACCAAGGUGAAGAUAGCGGAAGAAGACCCUGAAGUGAAGAAGGUGAAGGUCUGUGCAAUGAAGGUGUCAGAAGAGAAGAUGAAGGAUCCAAUCGAAGUGCUCAUUCGUCAUUACAGUAAGAAGCAGGCUCUUCUAAGGGCAGUGGCUUGGCUGCUGAAGGUGAAGAAGAGAUUGCAGGAAAGAGCGACAAAAUCGCAGGGUCGAAAAACGGAGCGUCCAUCUCGACUCCAGCUGAUAGAUCUCGAAGAAGCAGAGAACUGUGUCGUUAGGUGGGUACAGGAGCAGAGUUUCCCUGAUGAGCUGGAGACACUCCGCAAUGGGAAGGAAGUGAAGGGAGCUCUCAGUAAGCUGAAUCCAUUCCUGAGUGAUGGGAUCCUCCGAGUUGGCGGACGUUUGAAGAAUGCUGAUGUCACCCUGGACCAGAAGCACCCAAUUGUACUCCCGGAUUGCUAUUUCGCCGAACUAACUGUUCAACAGGUGCAUGAGAAGGUCGGACACUCUGGACGUCAACAUGUGUUAGCUGAGAUACGGAGACGUUUCUGGAUCGUGAAAGGGAACUCGAUCGUCAGACGAGUGAUUGGACGUUGCCUCGGAUGCCGCCGACGACAUCGCCCACCAGAAUCUCAGAAGAUGGCGGACCUGCCGAGUGACAGAGUCACAGCGGAAGAACCUGUAUUCACUCGAACCGGAGUCGACUAUUUCGGACCGUUUUUUGUCCGACAAGGACGGAAGCAGGUGAAGAGGUACGGAGUCGUUUUUACUUGUUUGGCGGUGAGGGCCGUCCACAUCGAGGUCGCCGAAAAUUUGUCAGGAGAUUCAUUCCUGUGCGCCUUACGUAGAUUCGUCGCACGGAGAGGUCACGUCAAGGUGCUCAGAUCAGACAAGGGGACAAAUUUUGUUGGUGCCAGUCGCGAGCUUCGAGAGGAGUUGGAGAAACUGCGAAGCAAUGAAGAUGUGCUGCAUCGUACGCUGUUGAAUCAAGGAGUAGAAUGGAAAUUCAACACAGCCGCAGCGUCCCACCACGGAGGUGUCUGGGAACGACAGAUACGCUCAAUCCGAAGAAUCCUGGGAUCAUUGCUGGACUCGCAGACGUUCACGGAAGAAACUCUGUUGACUCUAUUGUGUGAAGUAGAGGCAAUAUUGAACAGUCGGCCACUCACCCCAGUAUCCUUAGAUCCGGUUGAUCACGAGCCACUCACUCCCAACCAUUUGCUGAUUGGUACCGGCAGCGUGGUGAUGCCGUUCGGGGUAGUAGGCCAGAGUGACUCAGAUAGUGUCAAACGUUGGAAGCAGGCGAGGUAUCUCGCGAAUCUGUUCUGGAAGCGGUGGCGAGCAGAAUACUUACCGUUGUUACAGGAACGACCGUAUAGGGUGACAAGGAAAAUGACUAACCUUGUUGUAGGAGACGCGGUUCUAGUUGUUGAUGAUGCUGUGCCGCGAGGCCAGUGGCCAUUAGGAGUAGUGGAGCGAGUACGAGUCGGAGCAGACGGAUUAGUGCGCUCGGUAGAGAUUAAGACCAGAGGCGUCACGCUUCAGCGACCGGUGACUAAGCUGAUUAAGCUGUAGGCGAGAUCGUGUACUCUGUAUGGAAGAUGUUCCUGUGCGUCAUGUUCGUGUCGUAGACUAAGGUUGAAGCCAUGUAUUGCGUGGUGGCUUCAAGGGGGCGGGUGUAUUUGCCCUCUAGCUAUAGCAGCAGUCUAGCGCCGGCAGUCACGCUAUAGCAGCGGUUUAGCGUUCGAUCGUCGCGACAUCUAUAUUAGUUAAGCGCCGAUAUUCACGCUAUAGCAGCAGUUUGGCGUUCGAUCUUCGCGACAUCUAUAUUGACCGAGUGUGAUUACGCGUGGGUAUUUACAAGUACUCGAAUGUGGCAGGUACUUUAAAUACUCGAAUACCAUUCUGAUGAAUAUUUCCACGGUUUUCUUUGAAUGCUAUGAACAAUAUUUUGUACAACGUUUUCCGAAACAAAUAAUUCUGCGUUUUGUGUUUCACGUAUUCGAAUCUAAGAACCUAAAACAUUGUGACGUGUCAGCAUUUUCGGUAUGAUAGUGGUGGGCACUGUCGUGUUCCUGCCACGCCCGUUUUGUGCGGCCGACAUUCUUGUUCAGGAUUGUUUCUGAGGAUGGUUUGAUUUCCCUGGCGCUAAUGAGUGAGUUUAGGAAGUGAAAUCUUGCAUAACUCUAUGUGGAUUGAAUCAGAUAAAUGCCCGUUGUUGAUGGUGAUAUGAAACUAGCAGAUUUACCGUGAUCUCUGUCUGAUAUCAGCACUUGAACUCUGCGCUGGAUUUGUAUUUGUUUGCCGCAUUUUCAUGUAUGUAGAGCUAAAGGUCCGCGAUAAUGCCUAGAAACUAGAAGGUAUUUUGAGAAUGUUAUUUUGUUUAAGGCUGUGAAUAGCCAAGCCAAAGGUGUUUCAGGUUUGUCCGUGUUUGAGUACCAAACUGAUAACUUUGUUUCUGCAGGAAUAAUAUGAAGAGACUGUUUCGAUCGUGUGUCAGAGGGAAUCAGCCCCCCAGUUAGUCCGGCAUGAGGUGCACACAGUCAAAACGGAUCUAUAGACAAGAUGAAUACAAGGUCCUGUGUUUGAC